UUUUUGAUAAAAUUGGUACAUGUUGUUGUCCUAAUAUUCAGCAUUUGUAAGCCGUGUAAGUGUCCAGAUACAAGUCAACAAAAUCUCCAAACAAGUUGCUCAAUUCCAUGUUAAUGUCAGAUCAACAUUCAUUCAGAUACAAGGUAAGAGGUCGACCCGUUGGCUUAGCGGUGAUAAUUGGAAAUGACACUUUUGAUAGAAUGCCAAGAAGAGAGACAAAUGCCGUCGAUAUGGCAAACAUGAAGGCUUUAUUUAAAUUCCUCGGCUUUAAAGUUGAGAAGCAUGAAAAUAAGACAUGCACUGAAAUGCUAAAUAUCAUUAGACAUGUUGCCACUAAAGAGGACCACACAAGGUUUGACUACUUUGCACUGGUCAUAAUGACCCAUGGGCAUCAUCAACAGCAGCAGCAGGGCUGUCUGUAUGGGACUGAUGCUUCAAUCCCCAUCAGGGAGUUGUUGCUACCUCUCAAAGCAAACAGGUGCAAAUCACUCGUUGGUAAACCCAAGUUGAUAUUCAUCGAGGCGAGCCAUCCGUCAGAAAAAUGUUGCAGUUAUUUUAAGACUGAUGCGGAUGAAUGGUUGGACGAGAAUGUUACUCUAGUACCAGUAGAAGCAGACUACUUGUACUGUUUCAGUUCUGUUGUAGUGCCUGCUUCGUCGAGGAACAUUUGUGGCAGUUGCUACAUUCAAGCUUUGAAGGAAGUUUUUGAAAAUUUUUGUCACCAAUACGACAUCUUGACUCUGUUAACUUUUGUUAACAAAGACUUAUCAGACUUUCAAUCUUCAAAGCCUGAAAGUGGUCACCACAAACAGAUUUGUUCAAUUGAGUCGACUUUGACUAAGUUGUUGUUUUUUAAUCAAUCAGUUUGAAAACAAACAUAUCUAAUUAUCAUCAUCUCAUUUUAGUAAAUGGUUUGUUUAAUUAUGUUUUUUGGAUUGGUUAUGUUGUGGGAAUUUUAAACUUUCUUCCAGAAAGUAGAUUUAUUUGUUAUAAUGUUUUGUCAUGCAGUUUGAUUUUUUAUAUUCAAGAAGUUAUUUAUUAUCUGUUAAAAAAAUAAAUAGCUUCAUUGUCCGGUGAAUAAUUUUAUACUCCAAUAUUUUAUAUUACUCAACUUUUAUCAUGUUUUUUUUUGUUUACAGUUUAUGAAUUUUUGAUUGAAAACGAUUCUCCUUUACUGAAUUUGUUUUCUAACUUCAACCAUUUGUGGUCAUCUUAUGUGUAAAUAACUUAUUGUAUACCGUCUAGCUGAUGAAGUGUUGAUAACAUUGGUUAGAUGGACAUCGCUACUUAGAUUUAUUCAUAUUUUUAAUGUCUUCAAUUUUGUUAAGUUUCUGCACUAUUAAUCUCAAGUGUUCUUUACUUAAUUCAAUUUGUUCUCCAUUAUAAAACAUUUGUUUUUAUUGUACAAAUAAUUUGUGUUAGGAUGAAUGGGAUAUGAUUGCUUGUCCGCUCGUUAAAGUAUUUCUAUGCUGAUACUUUAAUAUAGAUCUAUGCCAGUUGGUUCUUAUUACUAUCAGUUCUUAUUAUUAUUAUUAACUUAUUUUUAUUAAUAUUAUUAUCUUAUUAUUACCACGAUUAUUAUCAGUGCUAUAGCCGAUAAUAAUCGAUUCAUCAAAUGUAGAAUCUAGAAUUUGAAACCUCAUCAAACAGUGAACUUAAUUCAACCGGAUCAACGUUUUGGUCAUUUAAAAAUAAAGUUUAAUAUUUCUUUUAAUAAUUAACUCGUACGAGAAGAGAACUAAAGCUUAUUAAAUGAGAACAUUUUGAGAAAUUAUCGGCAAAAAUUACAUUGUUGGGGGACCACGUUACGGUUGCUUAUAUUUCCAUUUGUGUAGUUAGAUAAAUUGGUGUAUAGAGAGCAAAACUUAAAAUAGAUGAAAAACUCGCAUUUGGCCGCUUUAUAUAUUUCGCAAAUUUAAAAUGGAAAACUGUUGAAAAAUAAAAUAAGUGCUUGCUUUAUCAAAUUUAAUUAUUUAAUAUAAUUUUUUCUAUAAAAAAAUCUUUUUAAGUGCGUGACAAUCUUAACAUCGUCGUUAAAAUUUGAAUCUAUUUAAUUGAAUUGAAUCUUCGUUUUGAUCUAUUUUAUUUUUUAAAGUAAAAGCAUGAAAGUUUUUUGUUUUUGUUCUGUAGCCAAAGAUCAACCCUAUGUCAACAUUUCCGUUAAAUAUUUUGUCAACACCAUAAUUUUGGAAAUAAUAAAUCCUUCUACACCUAU